AUGUCGGCUGUGGGGGAUGAACGCAGCGACAAAAGAAUGGAGCUUGAAAGGAAGAAGCAGAAGUUGGCCGAAAUGAGGGAAGCCAGAAGGCGAGCAGAUGAAGAGAAAAAGCGCCAACUCCUCGCUUCUGUCCCUGUUGAGAAUGGUAUCACUAAGCAAAGUCUCACUUCAACUGAAGUACAAGAGUUACUCGCCGAAGUCGGAAUACCUACUGAGCCAAGGCUAGAAAAGACUCCAGAAAGAACGAAUGGUUUAAACGAUAGCGACUACCACCUUUCUCCAAUGGCUUCUCAAAUUAUGGCCGGGUCUCGAAGCUUGCAGCUUGAGUUCUCUAAUGUUCACUCUGUGGCCAUCCCGACAAAAGACGCUGCACAAUACUCUAAAACCACUCAAACAGAUGAUGAUCGCGUAUCGAUGGGAGAAUUCAGUACAGGUAGUCAAGAAUUCGACUAUGACGAUGAUAUGCUUCCAAUGGAUGGAGGCGGAUUUAGGGGGUUUAAUUUUGCCAAACAUAAGGAAGAGCCGGAAACUGUUAAAGAGGAGCCGGCUCCUGUCCGUAUACCGGACCUCAGUGAAGAGGAGAAAAACCAAAUUGUAGCGAGCCAAGGAUUCCAGACCUUCUUCAACUACGCGGCCAAAGUUAUUGAACGAGCCCUCGCAGAGGCUGAAAAUGUAGAUAUAUUCAUUGAUUAUGCACGAGAUGGUCAUGGCGAAGUAAUUGCAUCGAGCGACCGACUUGUGCUGUCAAGAGUGUUUUCCGAUCCAAAAUGGUCUCAGAACAGGUGA